GAGAUUACGCUUUCAACCGAGUCAAGUUGGCGAACUGAGCGACACUCGUUCUGUUCCUCCGAAGCAUUCAACGUAAGUAGACGUGUUUUUCUUUGUCUCUUCAACAUUUGAGAAAAAAAAGUGAAAAUCCAUAAAAAAAAAUAAAAAGCCAUCUGGAACAGAAAAUUGCUUAAUUAAAUAAAGCUCGCGUUAAAUAAACAGAAAAUCAUAUUUUUUCGAGUUAAUUCCAAGCGCAUUAACUAUAUUUUUUGGUAUAAAAAAAAGUAAUUUUCCGUGAAAGUGUAAAAAUCCAAGAUGGAGGUCAAGAAGGAAUUAACUAGUACGCCAUUGCCACAACGUAACAACGCAACUGCUGCUAAUGGUCCAGCCGCACCAAAUGCAGCACCAAAACCACAGCAAACGGCCAAUCAGCCACAGGGAAAAGCCAAUCCAAAUGCAAAUGCCCCAGCAAAUCAGAAUAGUGUUGAUAAAAAACCGAAUUUCAAUAACAAUAAAAAUAAUAAUCAGAACACGGGCGGCGGUAAUAAUAUGAACAACAAAAAUAACAACGCCAAUGCCAACGCCAACAACGCCAACGCCAACAACAACAACAACAACAACAACAACCGUAAUAAUCAGCGUUUCGGUAAUAAUCGCAAUAAUCGUGGCGGACGUCGUAAUGAUAACAAGAAACUCAGAGCGGGAGUCAAAAAUUUCGAUAAUCGUCGCGGUAAUCAAAACCAAAAUCAGAAUCAGAAUACCGAUCAACAAGGCGAUAAUAACGAGCAACAGAAUCAGAAUAAUUCUGGACCGCCGAAUAACAAUCAGAACAGCAACAAUCAGGGCAACCAGAAUCAGGGCCACCAGAAUCAAAAUCGCUUCAAUGACAACCACGAUGGUCCUCGUCGUUUCAAUGAUAAUAACGAUGGAGGUCGUCGCUUUAAUCGGGAGGAUCGCGGCCGUAAAGGUGAAGACUUCAUGAUUCAACAGAGAUUGCGAAAUUUGUCAGGACCAACACAUGAAUUGCCACCCGUUGAGUACACCGAAGUGAAAUUUUCGGGCCGCAAUCGUUUGUACGUGGGAAAUUUGCCAACGGAUGUAAAAGAAGAGGAUUUGCGUGAAUGGUUCAAACCAUUCGGUGAAAUUAACGAGGCAUUCGUUAACAAUGAGAAGAACUUUGCCUUCUUGAAGGUUGACUACCAUGCAAAUGCUGAACGUGCAAAGCGUGAAUUGGAUGGCAGCGUGCAAAAGAAUCGUCCGAUUCGUAUUCGUUUCGCACCCAAUGCAACCACCAUCCGUGUUAAAAAUCUCACAUCAUUCGUUUCGAACGAAUUACUUCACAAAGCAUUCGAAGUGUUUGGACCGGUCGAACGUGCUGUUAUUGUCGUCGACGACCGUGGAAAGCCAACUGGUGAGGGUAUUGUUGAAUAUACUCGCAAAUCGGGAGCAAUGAUCGCUAUGCGCUACUGCAGCGACAAAUGCUACUUCCUCACAUCGUCUCUUCGGCCUUGUGUUGUUGAGCUCUUCGAGCACAGCGACGACACCGAUGGCUAUCCCGAGAAAGCAUUGAACCGCAAAACCGAUGCAUACCAACAUUCACGCCAGAAUGGUCCACGUUUUGCCGACCAAAAUUCAUUUGAGCACGAGUACGGCACACGUUGGAAGAAUUUGCACGAAUUGUAUAAACAAAAGUACGAUGCACUCAAGCGGGAAAUGUUGCUCGACGAAGAGAAAUUGGAAGCACAAAUGGAAUACGCACGCUACGAACAUGAAACCGAAAUGCUACGCGAACAAUUGAGAGCCCGUGAGAUGGAUAGAGAGAAUCGCAAAACUGAGUGGGAGAAGAAGGAACGUUUUGCAGAGCAAGCACGUAAGGAUACUGAAGAUCAAUUGCGUCGCCGUGAAGAUGAUAUGAACAUGCGAAUCACUCGACAAGAUGACGAACUCCGUCGCAGACAACAACAAAACAACGACUUUUUGAAACAACAAGAAACUAAUUUGUUCAUGCAGGCACAACAGUUGAUGAUGGAUGCAAACGACUUGAAUCAAGGCAAUGUUGUCGCUAACGAUUUUGAGAGCUUGGUUGGUGCAAGCGGAAACGGUGGUGGCAGCAACAAUGGCGGCAACGGCGGUGGCAGUGGCGGCGGCCGCAAGAACUUCAACAACAAUCGCAAUUUCGGCGCUGGAAACAAUCAGGAUUCAGGAUUUAUGGAUAAUCGUAAUAAUGGCGGAAACAACAACCAAAAUCAAAAUAAUAAUCAGCGAGGCAACCGAUUUAAUGACGAUUUCAAUCAAAAGGGUCGUAACCAAGGCCAAGGUAAUAAUAACAUGGGAAAUCGUCGAAACAACAACAACAACAACAAUAACAGCACCAACAAUUUGCAGCACUGGAAUGACCAUCGCACCGAUGGCUUCCAGAAUAAACGUCGUCGUUUUUAAAUCAAACACACAUUCACACACUUCUUGUAACAGCCGUGUUGAAUUUAACUCGAAAUGACAGCUAACAACAUAACUAUUCAACGGCUAUUGAACAAAGAAACACUCCGUUUGAACUGUUGACUUGUAUGCCAAUUUAGUUACGAUGCUAAAUCGUAUGACGAAACUAUUCAUCUAUCAUAAAAAACAUCCUGAUAAAUGGAUGUGUGCAAUUUAACUCUCUCAAAUGAAACAUUUGACGCCGAUUUUGAUCGGCCACACAAAAACAUAUAUAUAUAUAUGCAAUGUUUGAAAUUAUAUUAUCAUGAUUUACAAAUGCCGGCAUAGUACAAUUCUAUUUAUUUGUACUGUCGCCGUAUACACAACUACACAACAUUAUUUUUAUAGUAUUUCCAUAAUAUUCGUAUUUUACGCGCGCAUCAUUAUUUCCAUGAACAUUUUAUGAUAUUAGUUUAGUUUUCCAUUUGAUUUUGACAUUAAGUUUUAUUAUUUUCUGUUUGUUAUUGUCGAUGAAUUCAGUUCAUUUAACAUAACAAAAAAAGCAUUCAAAUUAUUUUGAAACAUAUUCUUGGGUAGAAAAUUGGGGGCAAUCGUUUGCCGUUUUUUUUUCAAUCGACAAAUUAGGACUUUUAAUUUUCCACUGAGAGUUCACAUUUUGAUAUGAACAUUUCAUACACCACCCCAUUCAAACCACAACCAGGAUUCCUUUCGACUACCAAAAACAAAUCUAUUUUUCUAAAUUAUUUUCUUUUGUUUUUUAUUUUCUUUUCAAUACAACAUACGAACGUAACCGAUAAGUUCAUAUUAUGAAGCUAAGUAUAGAUAGUUUAAAUAAUAAUCUUAGAAUAACAUGUGGGCCAGUAGUAUGAGUGCUGGUGGAUAGAUUUUUUUUGUCUAUUGCAUACCGAACCAUAUUUUGAACAAUUAUUUGCAUUGAAUUUUAUUUUCUUUUUCCAUAUGAUGUAUUCGAAUGCGCAUCAUGUGUGCGAGAAAGAAAAUUGAUCUUGUGAUCGAAUUUGUUUGAUUCACAUCAAUCAGAUUCGAUUGUCUACUUCUGGAUAGACUUAAGGUACUAAACAAAAUGAAAAAAAAAACUACUCCAACGCUAAUGAAAUUGACUUAAACUAGAUAUAUUAGUCGCUUAUUUUACCAUAACCACUUAUGAUGAGUUAUCUAGAGAAAGUGACGACACACACACACACACACACAAAAAAAACUAUCAAUUAAAAUAUGAUCUAUGUAAAACACUCGAUUUUAAUAAUAUAAUAAACAUAAAACAUUUCAUUGAAA